AUGGCGGAGUCGCAGUUUGGUCGUGGCAACACUCUCCACCGCUCUUACGCUCAGCAUUGCGUAUUGGCAGCACGGGGCCGGGCUGCACGUGCUGCCAAGCGGCACCGGCAAGCUCUGAUCCGAAGCGCAUCUGCUGCGGUGCAGUUCGCAGAGCAGCACAACGAAGCCAAAAUUGGGCGAGCUCCAGAGCUGAAGCUCGUCCAGAGGCGAGCGCACUUCCAGCUGUGCACAGGAGCUGCAACAAAUAAGGCACGCGGGCACCGUCUGCUCAAUUCACUGGAUCUCUGCAGAAUCGCAUUUGACAAAAGGCGGAACCGGGCCGCUGUUUGCGAUGCAUACGUGGUCUCCAAAAGCACGGUGCUGCGUGGGCUCAUUGUUGUCUGUCACACAGUCCUAGAGCAGCAACUCGCAAUGAUGCGGGAUUUUGCAUCUUGGGUCGUGGCACAAAAGCCAGAUGCGGCCUCGGCAGGGCUUUGUUGGGAUGAGACUGCGCAAGUGCUGGCUCUCGGCAAGCAGUCUUUACACGGCACAGAGCUUGGCUUGCAGCAGCAGCGCUCCAGUUGGAAUGUGUUGGUGGCACGACUCCGUUUCUGUGUUGCAUUCAGAAACGGUCCCAAAAUCUAUCGGGAGAUGGUAUUGGCGCCGGUGCCACUGCCAAGCAACAGCUCAACCGAGAUUUAUUUGGGCCUGCGCAAGCAUCCGCUCUCAAGAGGUCUCAUUGACUACGUCCAAGACAUCCUGCUGGCAGCCCGUCAUCGCAUCAUGUUGCAUGAAGGCUCUAUGUUCUUCGUAAACUCAGAGUCAGAUGUUGACUUAGUCAUUGUGGUCGCAUUGGCUGCUGCCUUGAGUGAUGGCCACUUGGCGAAUGCGAAGCUGCACUAUCACCACUACAACGUGGAGCAAGAAAGGCAGCAGCAGCAGCCAGGUAGCAGGCCGGUGUACACGGAGAUGAUGCUUUGCCAGAACCAUCAGACCAACCUGACCAUCAUGGAAGGGAUCAACAUCACGCCACGAGCCCCAGAUGUUGGUGGGCGUCUCAUACAAAACUUGUAUGCCAGCACGUUGUUUCUGAAAAUGGGAGGCCACUUCCUGCGUAUUUUGGGUCCACUGAAAUCGAAGCUGGAGGACCCUUCGUUCUUCACGUGGGUGCCAAACCCCACUGCAGAACAGAGUGCGCAGAGCCGUGCGUACUGCGCAGAAAUGGCCAUGUUCUUGGUCGACAACCUGAAGCACCACGAGCGGCAGAUGACUCCCGGAGCACCAGGCAUUGCAAACUGGACAGAGGAAGCUCAGAACAUCGUCACUUGCCUCCGUACAGUUCUGAACGGCAACCCGUGGAAUCGUGCCGGGCUGACACAUAUCUGUGUCAACGGGUGCUGCAACUCGCGGCGAAGUGCAGAGAUGAAGGUUUUAUGGGCCGUGGCAAAAGUGGUAUUUCGGAAAACCCCUUGUUUGCCUUUGACAUCAGACUGGACCAAAGUAGGUCCUUGCCUAGACUGGUAUCUCUUUGCAGACUUCUCAGGCCUUUUGACCAAUCUGGUGAAGUUUGCUGGCCAGUGGGCGGGACAGCUGGAGCAGCGUGCGUCAGCAAAAUCAGCGCCAGCCCCGGCUGAGCAGGAUGAUGCUGCUGCGAUUUCCGAGACCAUCGACUUCCAUACUUUGGCUGGGAAACGGUACAACCGCAUGGUCCAGAUGCUCGAGUCUCCCAGUGAACGCUUCCAACGAGUCCUCCUGUGCAUCUCACUGGAACCUUUACGCCACAUGCAUAGCACUUACUUGAAGUUUGCCCAUGCUGCGCCAGAUGACGAAGCCUGGCCACUCUUGAUGCAAGAGCUUCGCCUCCCGAGUUCCAAGGUGGUGUGCGUGCUACAAUAUCUGGCAACUCUUCUUUGUGGGAAAGGCAGCAGGUUGGUCUUGCUAGAGCAGCUGCAUCGACCUUUCAGCAGCCACGACUGGGUUCGAGAAUGUCCAGAGGAGGCUUUGGCAGUUCGUGCCAGGCUUUUGCUCAUAGCGGCCUCCUUGGACAGACGACACGCUUGCAACGUUGACAGGUGGCCCUUCAAGCUGUACUCUCUGGCGGACGCGCGGAUGUCGCCAGCCGAACACGAAAGCAUAAUUGCGCAAUUCUGGAAGAAGCAGCCUUGUUGCCUCCCUGCAGGUUUUGCGCGUGAACUGCGCAAGACUACGACCGAGAAAGAGUUUAGGGCCGAUCUGCCAGCUUUCCGGUGGAUGCUGCUGAUGUCUGCUCUGAUCACGAAAAUGUCAAUUGCAGGUGUAGAGCGGCGACACGCUGUUCACAAACAGCAGGCAAACCCUGGCAAACCCUUCUACCUCUUCACAGCAGACAGCGUGCUCGCUGAAUCCAGGCACCAGCUCAUGGCGCACGACCGUUUGAAAGAGGAGCGGGAACAGCGUGCCCGAGCUGCGGCAGCUGCCGCUUCAGCGCCGAAUCCUCGUGCGUUGCUGAACGUUUCUUCUGCUGCUCAAGAAGCCACGCCUUCGAAUGAGGUUGCCCUGCCCAUGAAGCGGAAGCGCGCGACCUCUACGAAGGAGCGCGCCGACUUGCCUGCGCCAAAGCGAGCCAAAGCCCAGGGCCCGCUGGAAAUCUUCAAGAACCAAUGGAUGCGUGACAACUCCCGGAGGUUGACGAAGUCUUCAUGGAGUGAGUGCAAGCAAGCGUUUAACCAGCUGCCCGAAGCACGAAAGGAGGAGUACCGGGCGCAGGCCCAACUCAGCAAGAUUCAGGCAAAGGCCACGCGUGGGCUUCAGCGUUUGUCACAAGCAUCAGCAGAUGCGUCGGAGGCGCAGCCAGCACCCGUGGCUGCAGCCAACAUCGGCCAAGGCCAAAUCCAAGGCGGAGACGGCGAAGACUGUCUUGAUCGCAUGAUUAUGGAAGCCGCAUCUGGAGCUGCAGUUUCCGAGGUUCUGCGCAGACCGCCGCUUCAUCGCAACAUGGCCUGUCAAGAGCUAACGCGGCCUCUUCUCCAACAGGCCGCGCAAGGACCCCAGCCAACCAAGUAUCCGCUCCAGCCCAAAGUCAUCGCAGCGGUCGUCAACAACCCAAGCUUGAAGAGCAGGCUGAUGGAGGAGCAGUUCGCCCGGGAUGCUUGCCAUUUUGCAAAAGGCGAGUCGGUGCCGGACAAAGUGGCAUAUCCUCGAUGCUGUGGGCAUCUCUGCAAAGCAGCCAAAAGCAAUACCGCCAGGGUCAUCAACUUCCAUGGCAAGGUACUUCGCUUGCUGCAGGAUGUCGUUCAAGCUUCCAAUGUGGCCCCCAAGCUGAUCUCAACAGCGGGCAUAUUAUUUGCCGCUGAACGCUACGCUGAGUCAGGGUCGGAUGCGCCAGACAAUCUCAGCUUCUGGGCAAUAGCUGGUGCUGCCGGUCGACAGGCCAACAAUCCGGCUCAAGUUACUCUUGCCGAGCUUCGCGCGUGUGCUGGCCACAGCUCUGCUCGCGUGCAGGAUUCCGUUGGCCUGGUGUUGGAGCAUUGCAGCUGGCCAUUCGUGCGGCCAGACCGGCCAAGACGGCGGCCUUUGAACCAGGCUGCCGUGGGAAGGCUACGCUUCGUGACUGAAGAUGCUUUUGCGGCCUCGAUGUGCUUCACAAGUGCCGACAGCUAUGAAGCUGUGGAGGUGUUGAAGUUGAGCGUGCUCGAUUGGUCGCUGACUGAUGGUCGCCUGGACCGCUAUCUCAUAAAAAACGUGGACAUGCAGCGCCAAUUCCAGGCACAGGCCGGGCCGCUCCCCAGCUCGGACAGACCGCGUGGGACCCGCCUGGAGGCCGAGCCAUCCGACCAGCUGGAUUUGCUUGAUGACAUGUUGGAAAGACCCGUUCGUCAGCCCGUUCGUCAGUCCCGUCAGUCUGCGGCUGCUGCUCACGUGGCAGCAGUGGACGACAUGCACCCCGAAGACAUCAUCACCUUGGACGAGGAAUUUGAUCCGCUUGAAGUCUUGCAGGCUCAGGCUCAGGAGGAGGAGGAAUGGGGCCAGGAAGCAGUGCCCCUUGACGAAGAACUUCGUGAUGAAUGUGAGGACGAGGAGCUGUUCGCGCAGCUUGACAGCGACUUGCGCGAGAAUCCGGAUGAACAGCCAGCAGCCGCAGUGAUCCUUGAGGAGGAAGUUCAGCUGGGUGCGAUUGGCAUGGAUGCAGAGGCCGAUGCAGGGCCUGCGGCCAUUGUGGACGUUGGCUCUUGGCAUUUCCGUGCGAGGCGUAACAAUGCGGAUGUGGGCAGGCUUCACAUGAUUGGAGCAUUGACAAUCAAGGCGACGUGCAAGAUCCACAAGCAAUGCAUCUGUAUGAUUGCCAUGCCUUCCCGAGGCACACCACGAUUUUCUUCAGUUGUCUCGCGCCUAGGCCGCGAACCGGUGAUGGCGGACAUACAGCAAGACUUGGUGAACUGGUUGGCUGCUGGACUGAAUUCGGAAGGUGCGAGACACGACGAACUCGGGCGCAGUCUGAGAUCUGAGAAAUGGUUUGUCAAAGUACGGGCACCUCGUGCCGGAUGA